AUGUCAUCCCACACUCAACUCACCACUGCCACUUCCCCCACGAAGCUCUGCUCUCGCACCUACAAGACAGCUUCCCAGCUAUUCCUCACACGACGUCUACCAGAGUCUCUUGCAAACCUCCAGCCCAUUUUAACAGUCCCAUCAUCCCCUGAAGACUCGCAAAUCAAUGGCGACCACUCCACAGCUGUCGCGCCGAUCGCCACCGCCUCCAGCACGUGGAGAAUCAAGGUGUGGAACUUCUACAUUACCCUCCUCAGCGCGAUCGUAGAACUCGGCCCGGAAGAAGGCAAGAAUCAAUUUGGGCAAAAGGAAUGGAAGGAAAUGGCGACACAGGUCCGCGAGGGCGGGAUCUGGGAGAAUGUGGUACAGAUCGGAUACCGAGGUCGGGAGGGCUCCGUGGACGCCGAGGUAGUUUACGUUUUGGCGACAUUAAUUCUGAAUCACUCAUCCUCGCAAGCACUCAACCAACAACGACUUGAAACAUACCUGUCAUCUUACGGACAGCCCAAUCUAGACUUGGCGGACCGACUACAGAAUGCCUCCGGUGACUUUCAACAGCAACGAAUCUCCGCGGCGAGUGGGACAGAUACACCGAAAGAUUUGGCCGCUCGAGUACGAAUUAUUGAAUUAUUCACAUUGCACGUCCUCCCCCGCAAUGGGGAAUGGGAAUACGCACAUGAGUUCAUCAACUUGAGCGAGGUUCUGGAUGAAGAACGCAAAGAAAUAUUCCUACAAACAUUGGAGGGACUUAAGGAAGAAAAAGAGCGAGGGGAAUUGCGCGCUGCAGAAUUGCAGCGUGCUAAAGACGCCGAGCUUGAGCGACAACGGGACGACGAACGCCGAAGAGCUGAGGAGGAAGCUGCUACUGCUGCCCGCCAACAGCAACCGAAUGGUCAUAAGCGCAAUACCAGCGAGGUGGAUUAUGGAAUUGAAAAAGGUAGCCCGCGCAGUGGCUCCAAGGGCAAAGCAUCCAGAUCGGGAGACAAGUCGCCGAGUGGAAAAGCAACGCCACGUACAGCUCUAUCAUCUUCCAACUCCAAGAGUUCCAAGAAACCCGUCAAGGCUGAAUCCCGGGCUAGCCAUGCACGAGCGGUGGCUAUGGGAAUCCGCAAUUUGUUCAAGAAUUUUAUCCAGAACGUUUCUGGGAACCCUAUGUCAUUAGCCCGCACAUUACUCUUCCUGCUGGGUAUCCUGAUGGCGUUUAGCCGGCAAGAUAUACGUGAACGAGUCCGCAGGGUCACAGGAUCUGCAUGGCAGAAAGUGAAGGGUACAGUUGGAAUGGGUGUGAAGGUCAGCUAUAUUUGA